GCGUUAUUAGUUAGCCUUGUGUGUGGGGUACGGACGUGCAUAAUCCGUACUAUACGGACGUACAUACAUAAAUACGUACUACUAGUACAAAGGCUGCGGAGUAUCUCACUUGUCAGAGUCGCCCCUCAUAUCAACACUAGUUACCCCGGACCUGUAAUCUCGACCGGGGAAGCCUACACCUUAUAUAGCGUCGAGCCGGGCCUCCAUGCUCUCUACGGAGUAGUAGGGGAUAAACAGGGCGAGCCCCCUUUUCGUCCGUCACCAGGUUCAUUCAACAUGAGCCCGACAGGCGACCAGCCGCCGCCGCGGGUCGCCAUCCUGCUCAACUCGUACCGCUCGCCCUUCAUCAGCGAAAUCCGCGACUCGUACGUGCGCUGCAUCGGCGCCGUCCGCCCCGAUGCGCAACUCGCCUUCUUCUACCCUGCCGACAAACCGGGCGACUUCCCGGACCCGGCCGCGUUCGACCUGAUCGUCAUCGGCGGCGGGAACGCCGACCCGCGCAAGAAGCACCCGUGGAUCCUGCGCGUCCACCAGUUCAUCCUGGAUGUGGUCGCGAAUCACCCGCGGAAGAAGCUUUGCGGCAUAUGCUGGGGCCACCAGACCAUUUCCAUGCUGUUUGGUGCCGAACUGGUCGACAUGGAGACGCCCGAGUUGGGCGUCACGGAAGCACAACUGACUCCGGCUGGCCGCCGGUUCUUUGCGAGGCAGGGCGGCAAUGACAAGGUCCUCCUUCAACAACACCAUCGCCGAAAAGUCGUCACUCCCCCGAAAGGGUUCCACGAGCUGCUGGUUGAGAACCAAUCCUUCUUGAGCUAUAACAAUGCGAUCCUGACAUUGCAGGGACAUCCUGAGAAGGAUGCUCGAUGCGCCAAGCUGAGGAUAAGGGACGCAACCCGGUGGUUUGGUGUGGAAGAAGACGAUAAGGCUGCCCUUGCGUCAUUCGCAGAAGCCAUGGAAAGAGAGGACGAUGGGCCUGAGAUAUGGCGGAGGAUAUUUCAAUGGGUGAGAGAAAAACAUCCUGGCCAUGAGGGGCGACUGUGACUCCGAAAAAAAAAAAAAAAUAAAAAUAAUGUGAGAAUACUAUGGAAUGGCGAUACCACAAGCCAGGAAUGAGCAGCAGCAUGCCGAAUUCUACGAGCAAAUUCACGCCAGUAGAGAGGCACAUAUCGGUCCUCGUGAGGUGAGCAUACAACAGAAUGGCUUGUAUUGUGGGACGAGGCGUGAUGGAAGAUCAUGCUUGCAUUAUAACAAGCUAGCUGAACGCCGUCCCUUUUACGAUGUCAUGCAUCAGACCCGAACCCGAAUAU